CUGCGGCACGCCGCGCCGCCCGACGCGCCGCACCACCACCGCGACCUGCUGGCGGCCGCCUUCGAGCUGGGCUUGCAGGUGUUAAGAAUGACCCUGUCGGCCGUGAACUGGAGACGACGCGAGAUGGUGCGAUGGCUGGUCACCUGCGCCACGGAACUGGGUCUUGACGCGUUGCUCUCUAUAAUGCAGAACUGGUACGAGCUGUUCACUCCGACGGAGGCGACCGGGCCAGUGGCAGCGGCGGCCAUGUCCCACGCUACCGCCCUCCGGCUGGGGCUCACCUUCGAGCAGCAGGAGAAACUCAGCGCCUGCGCACGGACCUUGGCGCUGCAGUGUGCGGCUAAGGACCCGCCCGGGUGUGCACUCAGCGCGCUGUCAGUGUGCGAGGGGUCUGCGGGCGCCUUCGAGGCCGCGUGUGCGGCCGUGGGAGGAGCUGCGGCGCGCGGGGCCCUGGCGUCCAGUCAGCUGUUCGCGGUGGCGCGGUACAUGGAGCAGCGGGGCCAGCCCGCGCGGGCCAUGCGGCUGGCCACCCUGGCCAUGAGGAACCUGCAUCUACACUACAACCAGGACAGUCACCCAGCGAUCGCCGACAUACACUGGGCCGUCGCACUGGCUCACUCACUGGGUCGCGCGGAGUUACAGACGAUGUUGCCGCUACUGGUCAAGAAUGUACAAUGUGCACCUGUGCUUUCGGACGUGCUGCGCCGGUGCUGCGUGGCGGCAGCAGGGUGCUCCCGCUCGCGCCCCCCUCCCCCGCGCCCGCCCACUCCGCUGCGGCCGCUGCUGGAGGCGGCGCUGCGAGCGUACGCCUCCACCACGCACGCGCGACUGGCGCACAUAUCUCCUAGACACUACGCGGACUUUGUCGACUUCUUAGGUAAGGCCCGUGACACAUUCGCACUAGCGCACGACGGCCCACAUCAGUUCGCAGCCUUAUUACAAGAAAUUAAACUCAAAUACAAAGGCAAGAAGAAACUUAUGUUCCUCGUGAAAGAAAGAUUCGGUUGAACAUACCGUGUAUAUUGCAAUUAGAAUAUUUUUGUAAUGUUGGUAGAUGUGCAAUAGAGCAUAUAAAAUUGUUAAUAAUUUGGGAAUGGCACCCGACACGACAGCCAUCUUUGAAUCGCAUCCCUACCAAAUUAAUAUACCUCAUUCAUCAUGUAAAUUAACUGUUCAUAUUAAUUUGCUAUAUUUAAGAUUUAUUAUUACCAGUUCUAAUCCUCGUUCGAAGUCCAUCUUUUACUUGAAAAGAACUAAAAAAAUCACUCUUUACAUACUUGCCUUAAAAUAUCAUAAAAUUAUUGCUUCAUGUUUGCAUUGGCAGCAAGACUAGUAGCCCAAUCCAAAAUCAUUCGAAAAAAAAUUCUCGUGGACUCAACAAUGACAAUUGACAUUUUUGUACAAAAACCUUCAUAUCAAUGAAAGUGGAGGGCUGUGAAAUGGGACUCUUCGUACUUGGAAUAGAAUAUAAUAUUCUUUGAUAGAGUGAUGCUUCCCGCCAAAAUAUGAAAGUGUAGAAUAAUGUCUAAAUGGGUGCCAACUGUAUUACCUCAUCAAUCGUUUGUGACUAGCUCGAGUCGUACCAAUCCAGUCUAAUGCAAAGUAUUAUUUAAAUUAGGUUAAACCGUAGUGUUAUCACUAAGUAGGCAGCAUUGUAAUGAUCUCAAUGAUUCCAUUUUGUAAAUAGAAUUAGGUAUGUGUACAUAUUAGCUAAGUUAAUUUAAGUCGUUGGAAUUAUUAGAUAUAUUUUACUGGGAGUAUGCGUUAAAUGUUAGCGCAUUUUUUUUUUAUUUGAGCCAGCACCAGAGUAAUAACGACGUCCAUAGCACGGUUUUAAACUAAAAUGACAACACCAAAGAGAUACCUAUUAUGUAAAUAAGUUGCUUCAAAAAUAUUGUAUGAUGUAAUGCCAUUCUUUCAGUAUUCUUGAGUAUUCUUUUUUAUGUUUUCGUUUCACCGUUAUACUUAUGUUAUAAUCGUCCGGCUUAAUUAUAUUAUUAUUAUAUCUGUUUAUUCAAGUUUUCUGUUUUAAGCAUUGUAGUUAUUUUAUAGUUAUAAUAUCAAACAAGUGCAUUUAUAUACAUAGAACUAUUUAAAUGUAGAAAUUUCGGAUAGCAUUCAUUAAUUAGGUGAAUUUGAGUACCUUUACUGUGUAUAGUUUGUAAGUAAGCUGGAUUUUUGUACUAUUUGGUACGUGAUGGUUGUUCAUGCAUCGAUUUCCUAACAAUCACUUGCCAGAUGCAAACGUUACUAACAGCCACUUAUUGUAUAAACAACGAGUUGCCACACAAUUAACAGAAAUACUAAAGUAUGUAUUUUGUACAAUGAUAUGUCAGUAUUUUGUUAUAAUUGAUAAUAUUUAUGAUUAAUAUGUUUGAUUAAAUGCAGCAGCAAAAAAUAGUUUAUUUAAUUUUUCACCGACAUCUCUGUAAGAAUUGAUCGUCUUAUUUUGCUCUAUGCUACAAAAGUUUGACAAGUUUAUUGGAUUAAAGGAAUAUUUUCUAAGCGAAAACAAUUUUUUUACAGUUAGACGAAAAAUAUAAUUCAUACAUUAGUACAAAACAGCUUAUAAUAAUGAUUUUACUUCUAGUACUUAUUUUAAAUUAAUUUCGUUUUAAAUAUGUGUAGAGCAAAGUAUUGACAAUUAUUUGUUGAUAAAAUUAUGGCAAUAAGUUCAUGUGCCGCCGGUGUGUGUUUUCAUACAAGUGAUGUAUCCGAGAUUUCAAAGUGUACAUUUAUUAUUAAGAGAAAAUUAAAGUGAUACUUUGUUUUACUAUGAGAUAAUUUAUACGUCUAGAUAAACCCUAUUGCGGAUGCCGGCUACAUUAUGGGUACCACAACGGUGCCUAUGUCUGCCGUGAAGCAGUAAUGUGUAAACAUUACUGUUUUUCGGUGUGAAGGGCGCCGUAGCUAGUGAAAUUACGGGGCAAAUGAGACGUGACAUCAUACAUCUCAAGGUGACGAGCGCAACUGUAGUGCCGCUCAGAAUUUUUGGGUUUUUCAAGAAUCCUGAGCGGCACUGCUUUGUAAUGGGCCGGGCGUAUCAAUCAGCACAACGCCCUGCUCGUCUCUUCCUUUAUUUUCAUUAAAAAAAAAGGCAACGCAUGACAUCAGACCAGGUUCAUUAUUUUAGUGUGCAUGACAGCUACGUCCUACACUCGCGAUGCACCAGUCACUUUGUUCUAGUCUGUGUCCGUUGCUGAAAAUGAAGGCUAACAGUUCGCCGCUAUUUUUUUCGACGUGCUCAUCCCUGUCACAGUUUAUCUAGACGUAUAAUUAUCUAAAGUUCUACCAUUGAAAGGUUGGUAUUUCUGCAAUUUUCAAUUCAAAAUGGCGCCAUAAACCGAUUAGGACUUGUAUGUAAUUUGCCUAUUUUUGUAUUAAAUUGUCGGAUAGUAAUUUUACGCAUUAUUAUUUCUUGCAACUAGAGUUUUCUUAAGUAGUAAUAUAUUAGUUUAAUUUAUUGAAACAAUUUCGGCAAAAUGUAAAUCUGUUUAUUUUGAGUACAUCUACCCCCUUAUUCAUAAUGGUCCGCUAACUUUAAACAGCCGCUAAGGAGUGUUUUUUCUCAUUCUGACUUAGGUCAAUAGAUGAAGACAAAGUGCGAAUUAGCAAUGCUUUAUGUUAGCAGACUAUUAUGAAUAAGGGGGCUAGUAUAUUGGUACAUUAAUUUAAACAGCGAAUAUUAUUUUAUCAACCAAACACAAUACAUAAAGUAAACCGUAAGUGCCUUUAUGAUAUUGUACUGAAAACACGAACCGGUAGUGCAAUUUCAAUGUAUUUUAUUGUUUAUUGAAAAUCAGGUUUCAGUUUACUGAAAAUAUUGAGAUUGUGGUUUACGUGAAACGUAGACACCCUUCCACUGUUAAUUUGAGAAGGUGAUAAUAAUAAAUAUAUUAAAUAAUA